AUGGCGCUGCCAACGUGGAUCCUGUGCACCUGUAUCAUCACGCUUACGCUCAACAUCGCCCCCUCUGCUCAAGCGUUGGGUCGCUCCAUGAUGCCCUUUGGUCUGAUGCGAAGGGAGCUGGCCUGCGAAGGCUACCCCAUCGAGCUGCGCUGUCCAGGAAGUGAUGUCAUCAUGAUCGAGACGGCCAACUACGGCCGCACUGACGACAAGAUCUGCGACGCUGACCCCUUCCAGAUGGAGAACGUGCAGUGCUACCUGCCUGACGCUUUCAAGAUCAUGUCACAAAGGUGUAAUAACCGCACCCAGUGUGUGGUAGUGGCCGGGGCGGAUGCGUUUCCUGACCCGUGUCCAGGGACCUACAAGUACCUGGAGAUCCAGUAUGAGUGUGUGCCCUACAUGGAUCAAAAAGUCUUUGUGUGUCCGGGGACUCUGCUGCGUGUCCAGGCGGCCAGCUCUCUGCAGGAGGCGGAGCACCAGUCGGGGGCGUGGUGCAAGGACCCGCUGCAGUCGGGCGACCGCCUCUACGUCAUGCCCUGGACGCCGUACCGCACCGACAUGCUCUACGAGUACGCCUCGUGGGACGACUUCCGCCAGAACCGGGCCACCACCACCUACAAGUUGCCAAACCGAGUGGACGGUACAGGUUUCGUGGUGUACGACGGUGCCGUGUUCUACAAUAAGGAGCGCACGCGCAACAUCGUCAAGUACGACCUGCGCACGCGCAUCAAGAGCGGCGAGGCCAUCAUCGCCAACGCCAACUACCACGACACCUCGCCCUACCGCUGGGGCGGCAAGUCCGACAUCGACCUGGCCGUGGACGAGAACGGCCUGUGGGUCAUCUACGCCACGGAGUCCAACAACGGACGACUGGUGGUCAGCCAGGUGAACCCGUACACGCUGCGCUUCGACGGCACCUGGGAGACGAGCUUCGACAAGCGCCUGGCGUCCAACGCCUUCAUGGCGUGCGGCGUGCUCUACGCCGUGCGCUCCGUCUACCAGGACGACGACAGCGAGGCCGGCGGCGACCUGGUCCUGUACGCGUACAACACCAACCGGGCGCGCGAGGAGCCCGUCCACAUCCCCUUCCCCAACCCCUACCAGUACAUCUCCUCCGUGGACUACAACCCGCGCGACAACCAGCUCUACGUCUGGAACAACUACAACGUGCUGCGCUACCCGCUCCAGUUCGGACCGCCCGACCCCGCCUCCGCCACCACCCAGGGGAGCAGCACCGCCCCCAGCCGCCCCCUCUCCUCCACCUCCAGCCCGGCCACCCUCCGCCCGCUGCCUCCCACCUCGCACCCCAUCGGGGCCAUCAACAUGGGGCCCAACCUGCGGCCCGCCCCCACCGUGGCCCCCGGAGGCCCCCCGGGCACACGCCGGCCCCCACGGCCCCCGGUCCAGGGCCCCGAGGCCAACAUGUGCGUGGCAACGGUGGUGCGCGGCGUCCAGUGGCCCACCACUCAGAGGGGGGAGACCGUGGACCGGCCCUGCCCAAAGGGAUCGCUGGGUAUCGCCUCCUACCAGUGUCUGCUCUCCCCAGUGGUGUGGAACCCUCGUGGGCCAGACCUCAGCAACUGCACCUCUCCCUGGGUAAACCAGGUGGCCCAAAAGAUCAAGAGCGGGGAGAACGCGGCUAACAUCGCGGCGGAGCUGGUCAACCACACGGGCGGCCGCAUCCACGCCGGCGACGUCAGCUCGUCCGUGCGCCUCAUCGAGCAGCUCCUGGACAUCCUGGACGCUCAGCUGCAGGCCCUCAAGCCCGGCCUCAAAGAGUCCGCCGCCCGCAACUAUGGCAAGCUGCAGAAGAGAGAGCGGACCUGUCGGGCUUACAUCCAGGCGGUGGUGCAGACGGUGGAUAACCUGCUGCGUGUGGACGCUCUGGAGUCGUGGCGGGACAUGAACAGCACGGAGCAGGCCCACACGGCCACCAUGCUGCUGGACGUCAUGGAGAAGGGCGCCUUCCUGCUGGCCAACAACAUGUAUGGCAACCGCUUCGCCGACCGCGCCAACAACAUAGAUCUGGAGGUGCAUGUGCUGAACACAGAGAUGGACCUGCAGGACUUGUCCUUCCCUCAGAACUACACCAGUGACAGCAGCAUCCAGCUCUCAGCCUCCACCGUCAAACAGUACAGCCGCAACGGCCAGGUGAAGGUUGUGUUUGUGCUGUAUAAGAACCUGGGAGCCUUCCUGUCGACGGAGAACGCCACGGUCAAGAUGGAGCUGGGAUCUGGGGCGGAGGGCCGCGUCCUGGCGGUCAACUCGCACGUCAUCGCCGCCUCCAUCAACAAGGAGUCCAGUCGAGUGUUCCUCACCGAGCCCGUGGUCUUCACCCUCAAGCACCUACAGCUGGAGAACCACUACAGUCCAAACUGUUCGUUCUGGAACUACUCGGAGCGCUCCAUGACGGGCCAGUGGUCAUCCCAGGGCUGCAAGCUCCUGGACACCAACAGCUCACACACCACCUGCUCCUGCAGCCACCUGACCAACUUCGCUGUGCUCAUGGUCCAGCACGAACCUGAUUACCCGGGCAGCAUGCACGAGCUGCUCCUGUUUGUGAUCACGUGGGUGGGCAUCGUCAUCUCGCUGGUGUGCCUGGCCAUCUGCAUCUCCACCUUCUGCCUGCUGCGCGGCCUGCAGACCGACCGCAACACCAUCCACAAGAACCUCUGCGUCAACCUCUUCAUCGCCGAGCUCCUCUUCCUCAUCGGCAUCAACAAGACCGACUACCCCGUGGCGUGCCCCAUCUUUGCGGGGCUGCUGCACUUCUUCUUCCUGGCGGCGUUCUCGUGGAUGUGCCUGGAGGGCGUGCAGCUCUACCUGAUGCUGGUGGAGGUGUUCGAGAGCGAGUACUCGCGCAAGAAGUACUACUACCUGUGCGGCUACUGCUUCCCCGCCCUCGUGGUGGGCAUCUCCGCCGCCAUCGACUACCGCAGCUACGGCACCAAGAAAGCGUGCUGGCUGCGGGUGGAUAACUACUUCAUCUGGAGCUUCAUCGGCCCCGUGUCCUUCAUCAUCAUGCUCAACCUGGUGUUCCUCAUGAUUACGCUGCACAAGAUGGUGCGCAAUUCCUCCGCCCUCAAGCCUGACUCCAGUCGCCUGGACAACAUCAAGUCGUGGGCUCUGGGUGCGAUCGCUCUGCUCUUCCUCCUGGGCCUCACCUGGGCCUUUGGCCUCCUCUUCAUCAACGAGAACACCAUCAUCAUGGCCUACCUGUUCACCACCUUCAACGCCGUCCAGGGCAUGUUCAUCUUCAUCUUCCACUGCGCGCUCCAGAAGAAGGUGCACAAGGAGUACAGCAAGUGUCUCCGUCACUCGUACUGCUGCAGCCGCACCUCCACCACCAGCUCCCACGGCUCCCUCAAGAACUCAGCACUGAGGGCCAACAACCGCUACUACAGCCAGAGCCGGAUCCGGCGCAUGUGGAACGACACGGUGCGAAAGCAGACCGAGUCCUCCUUCAUGGCUGGAGACAUCAACAGCACCCCCACUCUCAACCGCGCCACCAUGGGGAACCACCUCCUGACGAACCCAGUGCUGCAGACUCGCUCGGGCACUUCUCCCUACAACACACUCCUCGCCGAGAGCUUCACGCCCCCGUCUCCCGGAGUCUUCAACUCCACCGGGACCUUCCGAGAUCCAAAGAGCACGCUGGCGAAGACUCGAGACCCGUGCGGCAUGGAGACGCUGCCGCUCAACGGCAACUUCAACAACAGCUACUCGCUCCGCAGCAGGCCGGGCGGCGGGAGCCCGCCGCCGCUGCUGAACCCGCGCGGCUCCGAGACGCUGGGCGGCAUCCGGCGCAACCUGUCGGACGCGGCCGCCUUCGAGAAGAUGAUCAUCUCCGAGCUGGUGCACAACAACCUGCGGGGCGGAGGAGGAGGAGCGGGCAUGCUGGGGCUGGAGGAGGACGAGGACUACCUGUGCGGCGGCGGGGGGGGUCGCCAGCGGACGCCGCCGGACGUGGAGCUGCUCUACAAGGCCCUGGAGGAGCCGCUCCUGCUGCAGCGCGCCCAGUCCGUGCUCUACCAGAGCGACCCGGACGAGUCCGAGAGCUACACGGCCGACAACAACAGCGGCAGCGGCGCCCCGGACUCGCCGACGCGCUGCGACUCGCUCUACACCAGCAUCGCCAACCUGCGCGGCGACGACUCGCCCGGCUACCCGGACAGCAGCCCCGAGCCGCUGGAGGUGGUGCCGCGCUCGGCCCAGCCGCCCGAGGAGCUCUACUACAGCUCGGGCCGGCCGGCGCUGCUCGGGGCCCGCGGCGCGCCCAUGCAGACCUUCUACCAGGCGGGCGUCUCCUCGGCGGCGGUCGCCGCGGCGACGGCGCCGAGGCGGCCCAGCGGAGAGGGCGGGCACGGCGGAGGACCGCCGGCGGCGCAGGACGCGCCCCACGGAGAGAACGGAGACGGACAGAUGCAGCUGGUCACCAGCCUGUGA